AUGCAAUAUACUCAGGUCUCAUUGGAUGCAUCUCGCUAUCACCAGCGCCUUAAGAACGCAACACGUUACAGUCUUAAUUUACUCGAGGAUUAUCCAGUGGAUUUUAUUCCACCAUCUCUAGCUUCCAACACGUUUUCCACGAGGUUUUCAGCCCGUCAGGAUAUUUCAAAUCCAGAGCAACUGACUUUGGAUAAAUACCGAAGUCGUUUACAGGCAUUAAAUUACGAAGAAUACGGUUCAUCGCCGUGGAAAAAACAAAAGCUUGUGUUUCACAGGAUUGAUCACGUCUAUGAGCAAAAUAAGACGAACCAGAGUAUUUUAAAACGAUUACAGAAAGAAUUGAGUGGAUGCAAAGAUCAUCGGAUGGAAAUGCGACCGAUGGUGAAGGAGGAUAUCAUUGCUAAGCAGGAAGAUCAAAGUGAGACGGCUAGCAAGACACAGGAAGGAGAGACUUGUACGCUUUCAAGGCACAAUGAAAAGAAUGAUACGAUGCCAGAAGUGACUAUGGACAACAGCAACAAGAAUAGAGUCAGUAUGACAGCAAAGUCCCGCGACGAGGAAAUUGCAGAAGUUGAAGCGAAACUCCGAGUACAACACUUGUCGCGCACUUUUGAGGCAGAUCGGCUAUUUUACAAUCGUCUAGCAGAGCGAGAAACGAAUAUUGUUCUGGAAGAAGUUCUACUCGACGAGAUAUAUGACCUAGCUGCAGAUGUCUUUGAUGAGGAAGAAGAAAAGAGCCGCAACAAAGAGUUACCACCAGAGCUGCUUGAGAUUGUCGAAGAUGCUCUGCACGAAGGCCCCAUGGAGGAGGUUCUUGUCCAGAAGUAUAACGUAAACAUUACGCGCCGUCAUUUGCAGUGUUUGUUGCCUCUAGCGUGGCUCAACGAUGAGGUCAUCAACUUUUAUUUCCAGAUGAUGAGCGAUCGUGAUGAAGCGUUAGUGAAGGCUGGCAUCCUGCAGAAGCGGAGCCACUUUUUCAAUUCAUUCUUUUACACGAAGGUGUCGGAAAAUGGCUACAAUUUUAAUAAUGUCCGCCGAUGGACAAGGAAGAUAGAUCUGUUUGCCAUGGACAAGAUUUUUAUGCCGGUGAACGUCGGCAACAUGCACUGGUGUAUGGCGGCCAUCUUUAUGACAGAAAGGCGCAUUCAAUAUUACGAUUCCAUGCACGGAAGUGGUGCCACGUGCAUUCAAGUGUUGAUGAGAUAUCUACACGAUGAGUCAGAACAUAAGAAAAAGACAAAGUUUGAUGAUCAAGGUUGGGAGCUAGUGUCCACCACGUCCGACACGCCUUUGCAGACAAAUGGAUCUGACUGCGGCGUCUUCUCGUGCUUGUUUGCCGACUAUCUCUCUCAAAACCUGCCGCUUUCUUUCAAGCAAAAAGAUAUUCCUUAUCAUAGGCAUCGCAUGGUGCUCCAUCCGAUAUCAAUGCCAUUUGAUCUCAUCGAGUCAGCUAAGGUAUGA